AUGGGCUGCAUGUGUUCGAAUGUAUCGACAGAAGACAGGUCGGAGGAACCACUGAAUGAGGAAUCAGUGGUCAAGCAGUAUUCGUGGGAUAAGCGGGAGUCCAUAAGGCAGCGGGAUAACGUGGUCAGUUCCAUACAAGGGCUGACCAAUGAGACCGUGGUCCGAGUCCCGGGCUCGUCCUGCGGCCAACAAAUUAUUAUUCGAAAUUGCCAAAAAUGUUUCAUCUACAUCCUGGACAAUUUGUCAUCAGUAUUAGUUGAGGACUGCAAGGAUUGCCAAAUGUUUCUCGGUCCAACUGAAACUAGUGUAAUAUUCAAAGACUGUGAAUCGUGCAAGGUACUGUCGGCCAGCCAACAGUUCCACUGUAAGACCAGCCAGACAAUGGACUUCUUUAUAUGUUGUGCUACUAGACCAAUCAUUGAAAAUUCCAGGAAUCUCAAAUUUGCUUGCUUUCUCUUCUAUUAUCCACAAUUAGAGGGUUGGUUGGAACCAAAGUUAGAAAAUAUAUUUACCGUGCCUGAAUGUUUUGAAGGUCUUGGGGUGAAAUUAGGGGGGCGAGACACCAUCGUACCCUACAUGCCCAGUAAGAAGAACCCGCCAUCAGAAAAGUCAUGCCUGGUGAUGUUCUUUAACGACGGACUAUCACACGAUAGAGCUCGAACGUUCAUCAAGUUAAUGAGGGAGAACCACACAGGUUGUAGUUUAGUACAAGGACGGGAGUUGGUUUUAAAAGAAAUCGAAUCGUCGGAGAUAUUUAACUCCGAUAAAUACACGAUGGCUGUCAAACAAGGACCCGUAAUCUGCUUGGAGUACUGUGGAGUGGAUUGCCGCCAUUUUUGCCAGGAGACACUGGUGGCCGUGUCUAAGGGCUCUACGGGCCUCGUCUUUAUCAGUGCGGCCCGAGACCACGCCCAGAAGCAGGUGGAGGCGUUCAGACGCUUAGCCGAGAGUAAGUUAGGAAAUGUCAAGACUCCGGAGAAUUUUAAGAAACGCGCGUGA